AUGAGAUCGCUGGUGGUGUUUGUUGCUGUGUUGGCACUCUCUGUCGCUGCACCUCACGAUGACUCUUCAUUGAAGAAAGGAUCCAAUGAUGAUUCUUCACAGAAGAAAAGAUCUGUUGGACAUACGAUCGCCUACACUGUACCGUCGACUGUGACACAGACAUUGGUUGGUGCUCCAGUUGUUGCUGAGCCUGUGGUGGAGGCGCGAACUGUAUACGCAAGUCCUGCAGCUACUGUCUACGCUUCCCCAGCUGCUACAGUUUACUCAACCGGAUCAGCCGUGUCCCACCAAUCCAGAGUUGACAUCCACACUUCACCAGCAGUGGUUGCUUCUGCUCCAGCCGUGAUUUCCACACCUACUAUCGUUGAAGCUCGCUCUGUAUACGCUGCACCAGUCUACAAUGUCCCUUCUGCCGUUUCUCAUCAAUAUCGUUACGAUGUUCACACCUCUCCAGCAGUGGUGAGCCAACAGCUUGCAAUACCUACUGUGGUCGAUGCUCGUUCAGUCUGGACACCAACAGUGUACGCUACCUCGUGGUAA